ACCUCUCCAACGUUGUGCUCCCAUUUCAAGGAGAUCUCUCUCUCGCUCACUCUCGCACGCGCACACAGAGAUACACAAAAACAUUCAUUGCCCAAAACAAGACAUAAAUUGAAUAGAUACAUCUAUAUAUUUCUCCAUUGAGUAUUUUUCUCCAACACAUACGCAGAGACAUAUAAUCAGUCUUCUCUGAAGUUUGUCUUUGUGAACCAAUUUUUAUCAGUAAAGAAGAAACCCAUUUUCAGGCGGAUUCGUUGCCAUUUAUAGAAAGAGAGUGAUUGUUGAAGAUUUCUCACCAAAAAAAAUAAGAAAAAAUGGGAGAAAGGAGGCGGCUUUUGAGUUGCCUAAUUUUUCUGGUUUUGAAUAUUGUAUGCGAAGGCAAAGGGGUACACAGAAAUGCCUAUGCUACUAUGAUGUAUAUGGGUACUCCAAGGGACUAUGAAUUCUAUAUAGCGACACGUGUCAUGCUCAGAUCUCUCGUAAAGCUUAAGGUUGAUGCUGAUCUUGUUGUCAUUGCCUCCAUGGAUGUACCCAUCCACUGGGUACAAGCCCUUGAACAGGAAGAUGGUGCAAAGGUCAUGAGAGUCGAAAAUAUGAACAAUCCUUACAGAAGUCAGUCGAACUUCGAUUGGAGAUUCAAGCUAACACUGAACAAACUUUAUGCAUGGAACCUAGUGGACUAUGACAGGGUGGUCAUGCUAGACGCCGAUAACCUCUUCCUCAGAAACACUGAUGAGUUGUUCCAGUGUGGCCAGUUUUGUGCAGUAUUUAUCAAUCCCUGCAUCUUCCACACUGGCCUCUUUGUGUUGCAGCCAUCAAAAGCAGUAUUCAAUGACAUGAUUCAUGAACUGGAGGUCGGGAGAAGUAACCCUGAUGGCGCGGACCAAGGGUUCAUUGGAAGCUACUUUCCUGAUUUACUCGAUCGACCCAUGUUUCAUCCUCCUUCAAAUGGUACAAAGCUUGAUGGAUCAUAUAGACUUCCUCUAGGCUAUCAAAUGGAUGCUUCUUACUAUUAUCUCAGACUUCGAUGGAGUGUUCCUUGUGGACCAAACAGUGUUAUUACUUUCCCUGGUGCCCCUUGGUUAAAACCAUGGUAUUGGUGGUCAUGGCCCGUCCUCCCACUCGGCAUCCAGUGGCAUGAACAACGGCUUCAAACUCUUGGGUAUAGUGCAGAGCUGCCACUUGUAUUAAUCGAAGCUGUAUUUUACCUAGGAAUAAUGGCUGUGGCGCGUCUAGCACGGCCCAACUUAUCCAAAUUAUGCUAUCGCCGAGAAGAGAAAAGUAUUUUCUUCAUACAAACUGGCUUCAAAUUGAUUGCUAUAUGGUCCAUUCUUGCUGCCUACAUAGCCCCAUUCUUUCUCGUUCCCCACACUGUUCAUCCACUCAUAGGGUGGGGUCUCUACUUGCUGGGGGCCUUAUCGAUUUCGUGCAUAGCGGUUAAUGCUUUUCUUCUACCAAUUCUACCUGUUUUGACGCCAUGGCUCGGAAUCUUUGGAGCCCUUUUGGUAAUGGCUUGUCCUUGGUACUCAAAUGGCGUUGUACGGGCACUUGCUACUUUUGCCUAUGCGUUCUGCUGUUCGCCUGUUCUGUGGAUGGCAUUGGUUAAAAUUAUGUCAUGCCUUCAGGUUUCGCUUGAAAGGGAAUCAUUCUUGCCUAGAUUGGGGGAAAACUCGUCGCCUUCGGGGUUCAACAAGUUGUACUGAGAAUCAGCCUCUACUCAUUGUGGAGCAUCUUGUGGUUGGCAUAUUCCCGGCUUUAGAUACGAGGAGACUGUAACCAUUUUGUGCCAGCCUUCUGCUUCUUGAAUCUGCGGUAUGCAUUUGUACACAGAAGCACAAGGGAUACAUUAACUGUGUUCUGUCAUCAUCUACUAAAUGCAGAAUUUAUAGAGUAGCUAUUGAUUGCUUGAUUCUCAUCAUUGAAAUUCUUAUAGAACUCGACUCAUUAAUGCACUAAAGUUACUGUAACUUCAGAAACCAUCCCUUGAGAAUUGUCUAUUGGUUGAUUGGAUUUUUAACUUU